AUGAAGUUUUCAAGUUUAUUUAUUGGUGCAAUUGCCAGUUCAAUUGCUUCAGCUGUUCCAUUUUUCAAUGGCACAAAUACUACCAAGUGUGAUAAAUGUAUCAAAAGAUUACAAUUGGGUAAAUCUAUUGUCUCAACUAAACCAAAUUUAAUUUAUCCUAUUUUCACCAAAUGGUGUACUGAUAACAAGAUUCAUGAUCCAACAACUUGUAAAUUAGAUUAUGGAAGAAAUACUGUUGACAAUGCAACUUUUGGUACCAAUUUUGCCAACAUGUUAUACUUGAUGGAACCUUCAAGUUAUGAUGGUCAAUUAUAUUGUCAUUAUCAAGAUUCAAAAUCUUGUCCAUUACCUAAGACUCCAAAAAUUGACAUGUCUUCAUACUGGCCUGCAAAGAAACCUGAACAUGAAGUUGCUCCAGAAGUUGGUAAUGAAACUUAUAACGUUUUACAUGUUAGUGAUUUCCAUAUUCAAUUAGAUUAUCAGAUUGGUUCAGAAGCAAAUUGUUCCCAAUAUAUGUGUUGUACUGGUCAUAAUUUCAACAAACAUUCACCUCCACAAGGCUACAACUAUACUGCUAAUUUGACCCAUGACCAAAUUGCUAAUCUAUCAUUUACUCCAGCUUGGUAUGAUGCUGAUUAUGAAUUACAACAUGGUGAUCCAAUUGAACAUGUCUUGAGUAAUGGAUCUGUUUGGGUUCCUGCAAACACUUUUGGUCAUUAUGCUUGUGAUGCUCCAGAAGUUUUAAUCAAUAGUUCACUUAAAUCAGUUGCUCAAUACCAAGAAGAAUUAGGCUUAGAUUUCCAGUUUUCAAUCUUUACAGGUGAUUUAGUUGAUCAUGAUGAAGAUCAAUUCUUGGACUAUGAGAAAAACAUCAAAUCUGAAGAAUAUAUCUUUAGAGAUAUCAAGGCAACAUUGAAAGAUAUCCCACUUUAUGCUGUUCUUGGUAAUCAUGACACUUAUCCUUAUGCUCAAUUAGCUCAACAAAAAUCAGGGUUUGCCAAUUUAUUUGACUGGAAUGCUGAAUUGAUGGCUGAUAUGUGGGAAGAUUAUGGUUGGUUAAACAGUACCACUGCCAAAUAUGCAAGAGAACAUUAUACUGGGUUUGCAGUUACCACCAAGACAGAUUUGAAAGUUAUUGCAUUGAACUCAAAUGCUUACUAUGCAUCUAACUUAUACAAUUAUUGGAAUGCUACAGAUGUUGAUUCUUUUGGACAAUUCCAAUUCUUAAUUGACGAAUUGAUUGAUUCUGAAAGUAAAGGUCAAAGAGUUUGGAUCAUUGCUCAUAUUCCAUUCGUUGAAGAAGCAUUACCUGUUCCUGCUGAAGUGUUUACACAAAUUGUUAAAAGAUUUUCACCAUACACUAUCGCAGGUAUUUUCUUUGGUCAUACCCAUUUGGAUCAAUUCAAUAUCUUGUAUGACGGUCCAGUUACUAACAAGAGUGAAGAAUCCGUUUCAAACUUUGCAUGGAUUGCUCAAGCUGUUACUCCAUUAACUGAUAACAAUCCAUCAUGGAGAUAUUAUACUGUUGAUAAGAAAACUCAUAGUAUUAUGAAUUCAUACAAUUAUUACACCAAAUUGAAUGAUACAUUUUAUAAUGAAUCAGAUGAACCAGUUUGGGAGUUUGAAUAUUCAGCAAGAGAAUCAUAUGCUAAUGUUACUGAAUGGCCAGAAACUGCUCCAUUGAAUGCUACAUUUUGGCAUAGAGUUGCUAAUGGGGUCAAUGCAAGUGAUGAAGUGUCUCAAACUUAUAACAAUUACAAGAGAAGAUUCAGUCCAUAUGUUCCAGAAUGUAUUGGUACUGGUAAUUGUGAUGGUAGUUAUUGUUUCUUAGCCUCAUUCACUUUGAAAGAUUAUGAAGAAUGUAUGGAAACUUUCCAUGAACCAGAGUUUUACUGAUCAAUUCAGAUCUUUUAUUUUCAAUUCGUUAUACCUUCAUCUCCAUCCUUUUCUUAUUCUAGAUUGAGAUUAUUUUGAUAUUAUCUAGACUUGUUUAACAAUUUAAUUACAGUCCAAAGCAGAAUUGUAGUUGAUGUUUUAAACGAGCAACGGCCCACGAGCCUAAGUCCUAGGCGGAUGCUGGGUAGAGU